UUAGUUUAGCAGACGAGUAUAGCCUAUGAAUACUUUUGCAAAUGAGAAGCAAAACACUUUCGUGAAUGGACUGGGACCAAUAAUGUGAUAGAGCUUAUCUAUGGAGAAAGAUAAAGGGUCCUCCUGUGUACCUUUUUUGACAAAGGAGUCACUUUCAACUCUAGACGAUGGAAUGUGGCUUGAUGACAUUGUCAUGGACAUUGUAUUGAGGUCUGUUCAUGACGAAUUAGGACGUCAUAAAAGAAGAAAAUCUCUAAUCUACCCAGUGCAUUUUUAUACAAAAUUACAAAACAGUGGAUUUUCAGGUGUCAUCGACUGGACGAAAAACGAGGGCAUUUUCCGAAAGGACUACCUUUUGAUAGUUGAGAAUUAUCUUGGAAACCACUGGAGACUCCUGAUUGUAUGCUUCCCUGGAAACGAAGAAGGAGAACACAUUAAAAGGGGGCGAAAACUGGUGCAAAGAAGGAGGCAUUGCAUUUUAAUGCUAGACUCCCGGUCCCAGCAACUGAGUGACAGCAUGGAUGUUUUCCAGAACAUUCGAAGUUACUUGACAGAAAUGUGGAAACACACAAGAAAAACGCCCUGGAUAUUUUCUGCAGAGUCCAUGCCAGCCCUGAACCUGAAGGUACCUGGACAGCAAGCAAACAUGUCUGAGUGUGGCAUAUUUAUGUUACUCUAUGCUGAGCACUUUCUGAAGGAUCCUCCCAAAGAACUAAGCUCUGAGGUUGACUGUACAUCCUGGUUUACACUGGCUGAUGCAUUUUCCUGGCGUGCGCAGAUCAGGGACAACAUGCGUAGUAGUUUAGAAGGUGUAUUUGUUUAUUUUUUAAUGAACAUUAAAUAAUCCUGAUGAAAUUAAUUCAGUUAAAAUAUCUAAAAUGAUGUCACUAUGUUCUUAAAUUUUAGGAAGUUAUUUUAAAUACAGCAUAGGGUGCACAAGCAUAACUUUCUGUUGUUUUGAUAUGGCAGAUGAUAUGUAUUUAACUUGUGCUACAUUAAUCUUGUAAUACUGGUGAUUGACUAUGAGUUUUGCUUAUGCAGCACAGGGAAGUGACGCAGAAGAAACAGAAAGUGAAGAAGAGAAAAGGGUUGUUGAGAGAGAGCAGGAGGAAA